AUGUGCAGAAUAUGUGUUGUUUGUGGUGAUGAGGCGACAGGAUUUAAUUUCAACGCUUUAACAAUAUUCUGCAAGAAAUGUAGACUUCGUAAAUGCCUGGAAAAAGGCAUGACCAAGGAACAUUUAAUGGAUGAUAAAGCAAGUGGGCAUCAAUUAGCGUUGCCAAACCUCCUCCACUCUGGAGGAUUCGCCUCCAAUUGGCCCAAAGGGGAACAGUCCUCCAGAAGGGUUGUGGAGGAUAAUAUAUAA